UUUCCUCCAGUUCUCCUCCUCCUGCUCGUCCUCCUCACCGCAGAGCUCGUUGUCCGGCUCCUCUCCUCACAGAGUCCGCACCAGGAUGGGAGCUCUCCCGGCGCAGGGGCUGUUCUGGAUGGCUCUUUUGAUUUUUACUGGGGUAUCAGACGUUUGCGCCUCCAACGUCUGCACCUCCCGAGGAGCCAGCACAUGCAAACAAUGUUUGGCUGUGCACCCCAGCUGUGCAUGGUGCGUCCAGGAGGACUUUGGUCAGGGAAUUGCCAGUUCUUCCCGCUGUGACCUGAAGAGUAAUCUGGUGGCGGCGGGCUGCGCUGCCUCAUCUGUGGAGUCUCCAAUCAGCAAAAUGCAAGUGAUCGAGGACCGGCCCCUCAGCAACAAGGCAGCGGGGGCCACACAAGAUGUCACUCAGAUCAAGCCCCAGAAACUCCACAUCACGCUCAGGCCAGAUGAUGCAAAGCGGUUCACAGUGAAGGUGCGUCAGGUGGAGGAUUACCCUGUGGACCUUUACUACCUCAUGGACCUCUCCUACUCCAUGAAUGAUGACCUCUUCCGCCUGAGGACGCUGGGCAAAGGCCUGGCCGAGGCCAUGAACCGCACCACCAGCAACCUGCGCAUGGGCUUUGGGGCUUUUGUAGACAAGCCGCUCUCACCGUACAUGUACAUCUCCCCAAAAGAGGCCGUGAACAACCCCUGCUACAGCAUCAACACCACCUGUCUGCCCCAGUUCGGCUACAAACACGUUCUGUCCCUGACGGAAGAAGUGGGACGCUUCACGGAGGAAGUGAAGAAGCAGAUGGUGUCCAGGAACCGAGAUGCCCCAGAGGGAGGCUUUGAUGCCAUCAUCCAGGCUGCGGUCUGCGAGGAGCAGAUCGGCUGGCGUCCCGACGCUUCCCACCUCCUGAUCUUCACCUCGGAUGCGAAGACUCACGUGGCGCUGGACGGUCGUAUGGCAGGAAUCGUGCGGCCCAACGACGGGCAGUGCCACCUCAACUCUGACAAUAUUUACAGCAUGUCAACCACUAUGGAUUAUCCAUCUCUUGCUCUGAUCACAGAGAAGAUGUCGGAGAACAACAUCAACCUCAUCUUCGCUGUCACCAACCCUGUGGUUCCUCUGUACCAGAACUACAGCGAGCUGAUUCCAGGCACCACAGUAGGAACUCUGUCCAACGACUCAGGCAACGUGAUUCAGCUCAUACUGAAGGCCUACGCUAAAAUCCGUUCCAAGGUGGAGUUGGAGCUCCAAGACGUCCCAGAGGAGCUGUCUCUGUCCUUCAACGCCACCUGUCUGAACGGGGAGGUCAUCCCGGGCCUCAAGUCCUGCUCUGGGCUCAAGAUAGGAGACACGGUCUCUUUCAGUGUGGAGGCCAGAGCUCGCGGUUGCCCCAAACAGAAGAAGAAAACCUUCAUUAUCAAACCCGUGGGCUUCAAGGAUUCCCUGUCCAUCACCGUGUCCUUCGAGUGCGACUGCAAGUGCCAGGCCAAGGCCCAGCUCGACAGCCCCAAAUGCCACCAAGGCAACGGCACCUACGAGUGCGGCAUCUGUCUGUGCCACCCGGGGCGCCUGGGGCCGCACUGCGAGUGUGCGGAGGGCGACUACAGUCCCACGGAGCAGGACGGCUGCAGUGGACCCGCGGGCACUGGAGGGCCCCACUCGGCCAUAUGCAGCGGCCGUGGAGACUGCGUGUGCGGCCAGUGCGUGUGUCACAGCAGUGACUUUGGGAAAGUGUGGGGCAAGUUGUGCGAGUGUGACGACUUCAACUGCCUGCGCUACAAGGGGGAACUGUGCUCAGGCCAUGGAGUCUGUAACUGUGGCUUCUGUCAGUGUGCACCGGACUGGCAGGGUGAAAACUGUAAUUGCUCCAGACGCACCGACACCUGCAUGUCCAACCUGGGUCUGCUGUGUAGCGGCAGGGGCCAGUGUGUGUGUGGGGCCUGCGAGUGCACCCAGCCCGGUGCGUAUGGGGCCACGUGUGACAAGUGCCCCACCUGCCCUGACGCCUGUACCAUGAAGAAGGAGUGUGUGGAGUGCAAGCACUUCAAGAGGGGCCGCCUGUUUGAGGACAACACCUGUUCUCGAAUCUGCAAGGAUGAGAUUGUGCUUGUGGAUGAACUACUCCUUCAUGAUACGAACGCGGUGAACUGCACGUACAAAGACGAGGACGACUGCGUGGAGCGUUUCCAGUACUACGAAGACUCCAGUGGCAAGUCCAUCUUGUUCGUCGUCAAAGAGCCAGAAUGCCCCAAGGGUCCAGACAUUCUGGUGUUGCUCCUGUCGGUGGCGGGGGCCAUCUUGUUCCUUGGCCUGGCGGCUCUACUCAUCUGGAAGCUGCUGGUCACGAUCCAUGACAGACGGGAGUUCGCCAAAUUUGAGGAAGAGCGCGCUCGUGCCAAGUGGGACACAGGACACAACCCUCUCUACAAAGGAGCCACCUCUACUUUCACAAACAUCACAUACAGAGGAAAAGACUGACGCUACUGAACAAGGAGAAGAAAUAAAGGACGAAGAGGAAAUAAUGGACUUUGUGGGAAGGCAGCGAAUCAUGUGCAGGCCUCUACUGUCACCUGACCAUAAAUAAUAAUUAUUUGUGUUUGUAAAUAUGUAGAAAUGAUUCUGAGGACACAUUUUUAUCAGGGAUUUGUCAUAAACUUCCACUUAUACUACACUGACAAGUAAGAUAUUGUGUUGUGUGAUUGAUUAAGAACUGUUUUGUUGUGCAGAACAGAAUAAAGGUUUGGUUCACCCAGACUUUCAGGAUGCCACUGUAUCCAGCCAUGUUUGUUGUUUUUAAUUUGAUUUGCCUGCGACUGAAAUAUAUAUUUUUUUAUCUUAUGAAUUUAAUAUAUGCACCUUAAAGCAUCCAAAACGGCAACACCUCUUUCUCUUCCCAAUAUUUAUAAGUUUUCAUUUAUUCUUUCUGAUAAAGCUUCCUUCAACCAUUACAGGUGUCCAGGUGUGAGAUGUAAAAGGCAAAGACAAGGAUAAGCUAUUUAAAAAACAAAUUUUUCAGAUAUGGUAACAAAUCAAUGACAUGGCGUCUGAGCUGUAGUGACAACAAUUGGUCAUUUUUAUCCUGUUUUGGUUUAAACGUUGGAAAUUUUCCCAAGAAACAGACAAAGAUUCAUAACAAGAGUUGUGGUUUUCCUACAACGUGCAUUGGAACAUUUUCAGGGCUUUCUGUCUGUAAUGCUCUGCUUCCAUCUCCUGGACUUAAACUGUUAGUGGCCCCUACUUAUCUUUGUGCAAAGUAUCGCUCAUCUAACACAGUGUAAAAUGUACAACAUGGAUUGUAUCAGCUGAAUUAUGUAGGGGGAAGUGUGUUUGCAGAGUGUGUUUGCAGAGUUGGGGGCGGUGUGGUCUAGGGGGUAGAGUGGUCAUUCUCCAACAAGAGGCUGCCGGUUCAAUCCCCACUGUUCCCCAUCUGCAUGCCGAAGUGUCCUUGGCAAGAUACUGCACCCCUAUAUAGCCCCUUAUAAAUGUUGAGUGUACUAAUUAUAAGUCACUUUGGACAAAAGCGUCAGCCAAAUGAUAUAUAAUGUAUUGUAAUGUCAUUUAUAACCAGCAACCAUAUCAUCCAGUCAACCAUAUAAACACAUAGAGAGAGAGAGAUUUUUUAAGUCACUUAUUUUCUCAGUGAAGUUCCAACCAACAAGUUACUACAAAAUAUCAAAAUUUGAACAAAAAGAAAAUACCUAAAAAUAAAAC